AUGGUGCCGCCAAGGAUAAAAGCGCCGGGCCUCGGCCUGACCGCCCUGAUUAGCGGGACAUGCCGUCGGGAGCUCGGACUAGAGUCGCCGCCUUCCGCAGGCCAGAUAUUAUGGCACACGUUUCAGGUCAGAAUGGAGUAUGACAUCUGCCUACUGUUCGUUUUUCUUGGGACGUUGGUGGCCCUUAGCUCCCGCAAACGCCGCAACAGCGCCCUCGCCGUCGCAGUCGAUGUACUCUCCUCUUUGUAUUUACUCUACGCUACCUACAACCGGAAUUUCAUUAUCAAGCACACCGAAAUAGCGCUGUGGAUGAGCAACGUCUGUUCAGAGAGCGCCGGAGCUCUGAUAUACCAAUACAUCAUCUUCUCCUUAGUCUCCUGGAUGGCAUCUUCAUUUCUCGAGUGUUCGUCUUCCUUCCAUCUGGCAAAGCUCUCUGACAUGAAGCUGAGAAGCCCCACCAUAUUGUGGAAGGUUCGGUGGAGCCCCAGUAGAUUUCUCGUGCUUAUGACUGCAACUAUUUUCACGAAACACCGUGGAGGAGAGGACGAAGCGUGGCGCUGGGUUCUCCGCCUGUCCGUCGUCGAGUAUCUCUCGGAAGCGGGCGAGUACCGAGUCGUGUGGCUGGCUCAAUCGGUCGUAUCCACCUUGUGCUCGUGUUUCGUGUUCAGGGCUAUCUGGCAGGUGUUGUCCACCUGUACUGGAACAACUGCAGUCGGCAACCGCUUGAAAGUCGGCACCUUUCUCGGUGCAUGGCUAGGAUUCUACGCCCUGGCGUGUCAUCCCCGGGAUGAAACCGGGAUCAGCAUGUCAGACGACUGGAGCUUGCUUAUCUACCUGCACUUGUCUCGUGCAGCUGAAAGUGCCAGAAUGGCAAUUCAAGUUGUCUACCUACUAAGCUGCACCUUUCCAGCAAGUGAACUGUAUCUGAAAUUUCACAUGAUUCUAUGCAACAACCUUCUGAGCAAGUACAGCACUGCCAACUCCGUAGCGUAUAUCGACAUGUAUCUACAGAUAGUGCUUAUGGCGUUCACAUGCAUAUACCCUUUGUUUUACGGACAACAAGUUAUAAAUGCCCCCAUUGAAGAGCCACAGCCUCCCGAGGUCGAUCCUAUUCACAACUGGCUUGAGGCACCCCAAAGGGGAGGUGGCCCUACUCUACAUGAUCUCCCUGCAAGACACCCGCUUCAUCUCAACGUGCAGCACGCUCCGGUCGAAGACGUGUGUAUUUUUCCACAGGCUGUGCAAGCAACGGAACGUAACUGCCCAUUUAACAUACAAAUGGUUAUCAGUGGCCAACACCCUAUAUCUGUAACGAUCCAGCAAACUUCCGUCCAUAACAACUUUCACCAUCCAUUUUCAGUUGCAACUGGCUCAACUACAGGCUGGUUAGCGUUCCCUGCGCAAGACAACACAAUAGUGGCUAACAUGCAGUAUCAACGACCUCAGACACAAAUGUACUUCCCCUUGCAACCAAACGUGGACGCCGAGCAAGAAUUUGGGGCGAACCACAAUGACAAACUUGCCACUUAACUUAGUUCCAGCAACCAAAGACCUUGUCAAGCCGCUGGUGUCCCCAUCGAAAGUCUGGAGAAACGUUGGAUUGACCCUCAUUUGCAUUAUCAUUGAUCAAUACAUCUGGUUAUGAGAUUUGGCAUGCUGAGUUGUAUGGCAUACCUUAACCCUUCUGUGAAGUGGUUUUAUGAGUACUGUAUUCACUGUUGUGAAUUCCACUGCAUAUACAUUUUAAUCAUGCAUUGUGUUGUGUAAACCAGUAGAAGUCAUGUGACAUGUCAUUUAAAAACGGU